AUGUCGGUCCCACGGGCGCGGUUACUGCAACUUGUGAAGGCUCGUUGCGAGCUCUUCUCGACGACGUUCAAUCCCGAAGGCAUCCGGACCGGUAACAAGAUCCUGCGUCAGCGACUCAAGGGCCCGGCACUUGCGACCUACUACCCCCGCAAGAACGUCGGUAUUCGCGAGCUUCAAAAGGAGUUUGGUACUCUUGGUCUCGAGGUGGACGAUGAGGUUGAUGAUGAUCGUUUGGAGCACUUGGCAGCGUUCGUCUCUCUCAUUCCUGCUAGUGUUUACUUGCAAACAUCACAAUCUAACCAUACCCUACAGUCUGAGAGCCCGCGACAAGGGAGCGCCCAAGAAGAAGAGGACGGCACCCUCGGCGGCCGGUAG